UCUGAAAGAAAGGCAGGGCUGGACUGUGGAUCUCCAUAAACCAGACUAUGUGGCAGGAGUGUGGCAGAAAGGAGGAAGGAGGAAGAGGUAAAUAGAAGAGAAGAGCGAGAAGGUGUAGGUGAGGAGGGUGGAGUUAAUGAAACAAGGCGGAACAUAGACAAACAGAGAGCAGUGCAUUGAUCCCCUGAGCCGGACAAAUCACCUGAGAACAACAAGACAAUGAAGAUCUGAGCAGCACAGCUGAACCCGGACGACUCAUUCAGCUGGGAGGAUGUAUGAAAAGUGUCUGACAGAGUGAAGGAGGGAAACAUGAGCCUGAAAUAACAAGAGUCAACAUCUUCUUUUGGGAUAUAAGACACAACUGAAGGAGCUGAGGAUGUCUUCAGUAUCAGACGCAGACUUCCGCUGCAAGCAUGGAGAUACUAUCUGUGAGAUCCGAGUGUACGAGCAGGAGGUGAUCAUCGUGCCCAUCCUGCUGCUGGCCAGCUUCAUCGUCACUCUGGUCUUCAUUCUCCUGCUGCGCUUUUGUCCAGAGAAAGUCGACCGCAUCCGUCCUCAGUCCUUAAAGUCAAAGUCAAAGUCGGGCACCAGGAGAAUUCUGCAUGGCAUCGAUGCUCCACUAGGUAUCAGAGAGCAUGUCCUGGAGCAUGAAAACAUCGCCUUGGACUUGCCCAGUUCCUACUCCACCUUCACCCCCCCGUACCCUUACGUCUCCAAACCCCUCUCCAGAUCUGUGUCCACAAUCUCUGUCCCGCCCAGCCCUACGCAGCCCCCACCACAGCCUGAAUUCAACCACAUUUUCACUCCCAUCGUCCAACCCAGAGAGUUGCCCCGCCAGAGGCUGCCCGAGUCCUUCAACCUGGUCACCCCUCUGCCUGUCGCCUUCUCCCUGCGCUCCGACUCCUCCGUGUCCCUCUACAGGGCCCGCAUGGAAAACAGGAAUGUGGUGCUGCGAGUCCUAAAUGACACUGCUGAUGCCACAGAAAGACACAGCUUCCUGGGCUUUGCGUCGUUCCUGGCCCAGCUGGGACCACAUCCCUUCCUGCCAGAGCUUCUUGGUGUGGUCUCACUUCGAGCUCCUCUGGUUACAGUUGUGGAAGAGCUGGAGAACAGAGACCUGCUCAGCUUCCUGUGGCGAUGCAGACAGGAACAUGUGGAUUCUCCAUGUGAGAUGAAUGAGAGACGAAUAUUUACCAUGGCCAAACAGGUGGCCUCUGCACUGGAGUUCCUUCACAGCAAAGAUCUUCUGCAUGGAAACAUUCGUGCCCGCAGCGUCCUGGUCACCAAGGAGUACACGGCCAAGCUUUGGGGCCUGCAUGGGGUCUACACGAGGAAGAACCAAGAAGUCACUCAGAGAGACGAAUCCUGCAUGAAGAAGUGGAAAGCACCAGAGCUGUUAGCCAGAAGACCCCCCAGUCAGAGCAGCGACAUCUGGUCAUUUGGCAUCUUACUGUAUGAAAUGGCCACAUUGGGUGAAGCUCCAUUUGCAGAAAUCCCAGUUACUGAGCUUCUACAGUUUCAUCAACGAGGGAAAAGUCUGAAAAAACCUUCCAACUGUUCCAACUCGCUAUACUCCGUCAUUAAGGGUUGCUGCCAGUGGAAGGACCAAGAUCGACCCUCUCUGGCUGAGGUCAGCCGCAAGAUUGUCUCGGGAGAGAAAAGUGCCUCUGACAAAGUCCUCAAGGUGUCUGGGACAGUGAAUAUUGAGCAGUACCUGCACGAAGCAGGAUACGGGGAGGCCAACAGCUACACUGUUUUCUGAUCAAUGACUGUGCCGGCAAAAUGAAUUGCACUAUUCUUCUCAGUGGUACCCUGAUGGUGCACUUCUACAAAACUUUCAGGUCAAUAAAAGUGUUCCAAACUUUGUGUUCGAGAGCUUUGGGCACUGAAAUUGUUCUUUUAUUUUAUGUAUUCUUCUACUUCAGGUUCAAAAACUAGAUCAACUGUAUGCUAAAUAAGAUGUUUACUUUUGGGAACCAAUCAUUUUCAUUGAAGUAAGACCUCAUUCAUGUGUGUCUUCGUCUGUCCAUGCAAUACCUAAAUCUUUGAAGUUCAGUUGGGGAUACAAGCCGUCAUUUUGUGGUAGUAUGCUCAAAGAUAUGUAAACUUGACCGAUGCACAGCCGCUGCAUCCUGAACUUGUAGUCGUUUCUGUCAACUUAUGACGCUUUACAGAUCUGGUUCAUAAAGCCAAUGUAUAUUUGCAGAUGUAAUUUAUGUUAUUGUCACAUUUUUGUAUGAUUCUAUAUUUGUCAGUGGUGGAAAUGAAGGGCACAUAAAUGUAUUUAUUACACUCACAGUCUUCUCUACAAGCUCAGUUCAAGUCUACGAGCAGGAACUGAGCUUUAACUGUUUACACACAUUUUAAAUGUGAAUAAAAAUGUUACCGCAAGUUCUA